CCCCACGAAGCCGGGCCACGAUUUAUGCCAGCAGUGAUUCACACAAAUUUAUAAACUACUAGUAAGUUACAAAUAUUCGGAGUCAGACUCAGAUGGCCGAUAUGGAUGCUGGCAUAUGAUAUGGCUUCUAAGUUCUAGGGAGAAACCAACUAACAUAAUUGUAAAUAUAUGGGACUACAAACGAAACUUUUGCUGGAUAAAAACAGGAUAUGUCGCUGCUUGCUUACCCUUGCUGAGUUCUGAUGGUUUCAGCUCCAAGAUAUCAGAAGUAGAACUAAAUCCCGCAUUGUUCAGCUUCAGUCUGAAGGAUGGAGGUAUAGGAAAGCUAUUUAUGUCACGCUGCAUCGUGAGGAAACUUUGGCUACCUGGAGAAGAAACUGAGAUACUGCUAUUCUGCAAUCUGAUGUGUGCAAAUUCUAAAUCACAAUGGCAGAGUUCGGAGCUCAUCUUACUUCAGCAACCACUGACAAUCGACCAUCAUUCUUUGAGGUUCUUGCCCAAGAGAGCCUAAUGGUUACUUUGAGACCUGCUCUGUCCUACUUCUUAAAGGUACUUGCUGAGAAUCACCCUGCUCAGUUUGGAAGACUACAUCGAUGGUCUGAUGAAGUAUACUCCACCCUUGAUCUUAUACUACAGCAUCACUUUCUCACCAACACUAGUGCAUCCUUUGCAGAAAAUUUUUACAGCCUGAAGCGAGUUCCCCUCAGUUCAACCUCUGUUACCUCUACAAUAUCACAAGGUCUCCCAAAGAAAGAACAUUUGCUGUCAUUAGCACUGCUUGUUGUAAUUCCAUAUAUUAAGCUGAAACUUGAUGCCAAAUUUCAUAAGUGGACUGAUGAAUCUCUGGAUGCGAGCGAUAGAGGGCGGCAAAGCAUUAAGAGAUAUAAGAAAAUCUUUCUUGCUGUGUAUCCAUAUCUACAUCUUUCUUGGGAAUCAUCUAUUCUAGUGUAUCAACUCCGAUAUCUGUUCAGACAGUCACAUGUCCAUUCUCCAUUCCUUAAACUUGCAGGGGUGAAAUUACAAUACUUAUCCAGGGAAGAUAUGUUGUUAUCAAGUGACUCCAGUGAUGCAAUUUUAUCUGCAGAUCUAAGUUUGAAAUCAAGACUGCUGUACUACAUGAAGAGACUGGUAGGGGGAGUUGCUAUUGCUAUCUCAAAUGGUUUAUCUGUGGGUGUCUUCUUUCUUCAGUUUCUUGAAUGGUGGUACAUGAGUGAAGAUCACCAGUCUGCCUUAGCUGCUACUUCAUUGCCAAUUCCAGAACCUCCUAAGGAGCGUGAACCAGAAUACUGUCAGAUUCUCCUACCAAGGGAUGUGACACUCUGCCCUCUUUGUCAGAAGAAAAGAACAAAUGAUACUACUUUAUUAACAUCAGGCUAUGUAUUCUGCUACCCUUGUAUCUACACUUACAUCAAGAAACACCAGCGCUGUCCAGUGACCCGCUACCCUUCAGAACUCUGUCAUCUCAUCAAACUAUACCCUCCUGAUAGUUGAGACUAGAUUUUCCAUAGUCAAGAAACACCAGCACUGUCCAGUGACCUGCUACCCUUUAGAAAUCUAUCAUAUCAUCAAACUCUACGAUCCUGAUAGUUGAGACUGAGACUACAUCGUCCAUAGUUAAGAAACGCCAGCGCUGUCCAGUGACCCCCUACCCUUCAGAACUCUAUCAUCUCAUAAAACUCUACCCUCCUGAAAGUUGAGACUGGGACUAUAGAUCUUCCAUAGUCCAGAAACACCAGUGCUGUCCAGUGAAAUGCUACCCUUUAGAACUCUAUCAUCUCGUUAAACUAUACCCUCCUGAUAGUUGAGACUCAGACUAGAUUGAGACUAUAGAUCUUUCAAAGUCUUCCACAAGGACAGCUAAUCAUAUUUAGUUUGAAAUAAAAAGAAAUGUGAUUAAGUGCUUUAUUUUGUAUUCAUGUGCAAUCUAUUACUUGCAAAAAUUUGAGAUCAAAUUAUUACUGAGAUAAAGUAGUAUAUUUUUAUGAUAUUUCUUUGAUUAAUAUUGUAACAUUUUACAAUGUUUUCAAAGUUUGAUUUGUGUAAUGAUAGUCUAAUUAGAAUAAGAACAGUAUUAUUUAUUUUAAAGUCAUAAAUCAUAGAGAUGAUUUUAAGUUUGGUGUUUGGUGAUGGUGAUGGUGUUAUGUCGAUCUUUACACCAGCCACUGCUGUAAACUUGUGAUUAGGAUGGUGCUAGGACUGAUAUUACUACAUCAUCACUCUACUCAACCACCAUUUGACGGUGUAGCAAGGUAAUGUGGAAGCCUGAUAUAUACUCUCAACACUACUGUAUGCCGGCCAAUGACUGCCAUAGUAAUAUUCUCGGCAUCGAUGAUGCUGUGAGUGCUUUAUAAAAUAUGAAUAAAAUACCUAAAUUUCAAUAAUCCCACUGCUCACCUUCAAUUCUGAAGCACUCAUGCUCCACCCAUUAAACUGAUAAACAAGUAGAACAUAAAUAGUACAUGUGCAGCAGAUAGACAAACAAGAAACUUGGUAAAUUCUUUUUUGUCUGCUCAAAUUAUCCCGUGUGGUGGGAAAUGCAUAUGUACAGCAGGCCUGCAUUACAUGGAAAGUUGUGAUAGACAUAAGUCUAUAAUCAUCUAUCUUAGUUAUCCUAAUAUUUACUUUACAGUCCAUAAUUUGUAGCAUUUUUGGUUUUGGAAAAUUGCAAUAUUGUCUCAAAAGAAUGCUUGAAGCGAGAGUAUUUUGUAAUAUUUUUACAAUAUAAUAAACCUCACUUGCACCUCAGAUUUUUUAAGAUUCUUGUUGCAAUUUGGUUUUUUCAUGGUGGUAAAAUGAGCAUUUGUUACUCGAUCUAUUAUGCAAUGGAACCCUAAAUGCUAACCAUGAGAUAUUUAUAACAGUGCUGUUAGCACUGUGUCACUUGUUGAUAUAUCAUAAUUAUGAUUGAUUUCAGAGCAAUCGUUAUACAUGUACUUCAAUUGAAUAUUAUAAAUUUGUUUAAUUGAGUGUUGAUUUACUAUAGUUUUGAUAGACUACUGGAAGAUUGAUUAACUGUAGGGUUCAUUAAUUGGUAGAUUGAUUGACUUGUAGGUUGAUUGAUUGGUUAAUUCACUGUUCGAAUGAUUGAUUGACUGAUGGGUUAAUUUAUUGAUUUGCUUAUUGAUUGAUUGGUUGAUUUACCAGAAGAUAAA